CACCAUCACGACCAACCCCACUAAAACCAACACUACCAUCACCAACUACCACUGAAAACACCAUCAAAUCACCAUGACACUGACAUAUGUUCCCACCGAACAAUUGCCGGCCAUCAAUCCCUUUCUCAAUACCGUAUGUCCCGGUUUCUCCACUCAAUUAGAUGCCAAUAUUCACUAUAGUCUAAAGGAUGAAUCAUUUAAGAAUGGAGAAAGUUCAGUUAAUUGGCCAUUAAAUGGAUCAAAUCUGUCCUUAAAUUCCAUAGCCACUCUAGCCGAUUCAUAUUUGAAUAUUUCACGUCCUUCACUAAUUCCUGGAUCGAAUGAAUCAACUACGUAUGUAUCAUUACCAUAUCAUAUUACAAAUUUAUUUAAGAAAGUAGUGAAAAGUAAAGAUAAACAAAUGGAGGGGAAUAUUCACAUUGGAGCCAAUGUUAAUCCAUUAUCUCAUGAUCCAUUCCGAGUCAUUAAUCUUAAUCCUGGAUGUUUAACUAGUAUGUUAGAGCUCCAUCCAUCUCGUACUAAGAGUAAUAAUAAUAGUAGUCCUGAUCUUUCACGUAAUACAUUUAAUAAACUUACAACUAAUUUCAAUCGAUUUCUUAAAAUCGCUGGGAAUGCCUCCACUAAUACUGUCGAUCCAUAUGCUGACUAUUCCAAUUUAAUUGAUGCAAAGAAUUCAUUAAUUGAUCGAAUAAUUGAUUAUAAUCCUAAUAAUUAUUUGGCAGAAUUAAGGUCGUUAACUACCACUAAAUUACUUAUAUCAUGUCAUGUAAAUGUCUUGAAUGUAAUUGCUAUUGAUGGUAAUUCAAAUUAUAAGUUUACUAAAUCAAUUAAAUGUGAUAAGCCCAUCUUACCGUAUCAUGAAGAAGCUAUUCAACAACAGCAACAACAACAACAAAUUCAAGAACUGUCAGUUCCAAAGGCCACCAAACCAGUUGAAUAUGAAAAGGUUUAUGAAGAACUGUUGUUAAGACUUCAAUUCCGUCAGAAUUCAUUCAUUACAUCCGUGAAAACUGUCUUGAAUAAAGCCAAAGAACCUCUUGUGGUUAUUGGAUUUGAUUCUAGUGAAGUGAUUGUAAUUAAUUUAACUCAAUUGAAAUUCCGAGUAUUUGAUGAUUUGGGAUUCCAUCCAGUUGGAGAUUCGGUAUCUACUCCAUCUCGUCCAUCAGUAUCUGCAUUGAAUUAUUCAUCUUCAUUUAAUCAUGUAGCUGUUACUUCACUAGAAUUAAUUCAUCAUCAUAAUUUUGAAAUGUUGGUCCUUGUAGGUUAUGCUAAUGGAGAAGUAAUUAUUGUUGAUCCCUAUUCAAUUGGUUCUACUACCACUAAAGCUAAGUAUACUAAACGGAUUGUGGGUAAGGAUUCAUUUAUUACUUACUUUAAGAAGUUUGAUCUUAGUCCCUUUACGAAACUGGCUAGUCAAGUUAAUGAUAAUGAUGAUGAUAACAGUCCUAAUUAUUUGAUAGGACAUUUCAAAUUAAGUUUAAAGGCAGUUACCAGUAUAACAUCUACUUUACUUUAUUCACGAUAUUCAUUAAUUGAUGAACUGACAAGUCAACCCAUGAUUAUUGCUAUUGGUAGUGAUGAUGGACUUGUACGAUUUAUUGAUCUUAUAUUUACUCAUGAUAGAAAUUAUGGUAAACCUAAAACAACCAUACUCACGGAUUUAGUUCUGAAUUACUUUAAUGAUGGAAUUACUGAUAUUGAAUUUUCUCCUGAUUAUAGAUUUGUAUGUAUAGUUGGGAAGGGGGAUUUAAUUGAAAUGUUUAAAAUGAGUUACUAUAAUGUUAAUGGACUUCUUGCUAAGAACAGUUCGAGUACUAAUCAUUAUUCAAGUACUGAUAAUAUUGGAUCAAUUAAAGGUAGAAGAUCUCGUAGUGGAACUCUUAAUAGUGUUGGAUCAGCUGGACCUCCAACGGCUGCUAAUUUAUUUUUAUCUCCUAUAACUUCAAGUCCAGCUGGUCCAGGACCAGAAUCAUUACGAGAUCAUAAUCAUACUCCAAGACCAAGUACUACUACGACCACCAAAGAUUUAUAUCCUCCAUUAAUUAAAGAGAUCCGAAUCGUUGGAAGAUUCAAAGGUCAUACCAAUACCAUUCGAUCCAUUAAGUUUGUCGAGGAAGAGAGUAGUAACAGUAGUUAUAAAUUGAUAAGUUGUGGGUAUGAUGGUAAAGUAAUUGUGUGGGAGUUUGACUAUAAGGCCUUACCUAAAGUUAAGCGCAAAGAGGAGCGGAAAGAUCGAGGAAAGGAUAAAGAAAAUAAAGAUAAAGAAAAGGAUAAAGAAAAGGAUAAAGAGAGAGGUAGAGAUGAUAUACGAAAGAGAAAGUCUACUCAUGUUCCAGGCCUUGGAUCAGGUGCAUUGGCUAAUGCAUUAGCUGCUGCGGCUACUCCUAACAGUCCUAAGAUUCAUGUCCUGCCAGGUCCUGGAACAAGAUUAGCCUCUCCUAGUGCGAUGCCGUUAAAGACCAGUACCAGUCAUCAUGGACGUCGAAGGUCUAUGAAUGGAGUUGAUGAAUUUGCCAAUAUGACCACCAUAUUAGCAGCCACAUCUUCCAAUACCAUUAAUGAAUCCUUAUCAAAACGAAGUUCACGAGUCAUGGAUGAAACAUCAGCUGAUCAAAUAGAAAUCGUUACUUCACUCUAUAAAUCCCUAUUUGAUUUACGACUUCGUCGUCAUUAUCGACAAUUCGUUAAAAAGGGAGUUACAGUUAAGUAUACUACGAUUAUACCGCCUAUAGUUAAUGAUAAAUUAGUCCCCAGUAUUGAAGUCCCCCUUAUGAGUUUAGACUUAUCGAGUUUUAUUGAUGAUGGAAAGAUUGAUGGAAUUUACGUCGACUCGAAUGGAUUAUGGGUAUUUGGUAAAACAGGCGAUAUAUUUAAGUACACGAUCCAUUAAGGAUAUAUAGAAGA